AUCUGGUGGAAGGGACUUGAAUUUCUCAUCUACCAAUCAAGCAACGAAUCUACUUUCCGAGCGAGUCUUUGAUAGCGGCUAAGUGGAAACGAACGUACAUUUGUCAUCUACCAACUAAUUUUUAUGUCAAAGUCUUUGGACCAGUUGUAAAUUUGUCAUCUACCAAACCACAAACUUACCUAGUCUCUCCGUGGAACUCGGUUAUUAUUCAGCAAGUGCUACCAGACUAACGACAUGUCAAGCCGACUUCUUCUCCGUGUUGUUAAGAAUAGUAAGGACCUGAAACUAGCUAGACGAUCAUUGAUGUUACAAAAUGCAGAAUUUAGGACCUGUCAUGGCGGCGCCGGUGGUAAAAGGUGGAUGUUUACUGUAGUAAUGGCGACUGAUACGACAUCCUCGUUGUAUCAAGAUAUGAUAGACAGAAAGAUCAUCCACCCAGCUCAGUUUAAAGCUGAAGGUGAUUCGACUAUCAAGUCCGUUACGAAACUAAAAGAUGGAAAAUUGUUAGAGAUAGAAUGGAAUUCAGGUGGAAAACACAGAUAUCACAGUAUAUGGCUCCGCCACAACUGUCAUUGUCCCGACUGUAAACUUGUUGUUUCUGGUCAACAGACAGUGGCGAUUGAAACAAUACCGUCUUCAAUUACUGUACAAGAUAUAGAUAUAUCUGACGAUAAAGUUAUGAAGAUGGUAUGGAAGGAAGGGGACGUAACUCAUAAAGGAUAUAUACCAACAGACUACUUGAAAUGCUAUAGAUAUUCUGGUAAUGCAUUAGCUGAAAAAAGCGAAGCAGAAAAUAUCAAGUUUUCAACAGAUACUGCAAUACCGGAGAUAGAUUUUAAAGAUGUUAUGGAAACUGAUACCGGACUUUAUAAGUGGUUGAAAUUAUUGGGAGAACGGGGACUAUGUCUGGUGAAAAAUGUUCCUACAAUAUCAAACCAGAUUAGAGAGGUGAUAGAAAGAGUUUGUUAUAUUCAGCAUACUAUAUACGGCGAGAUUUUUGAAGUUAAGAGUGUAGAGAAUGCCAGUAACGCCGCCUAUUUGUCGAUUGGCCUGAGGCUACACAUGGACCAAAUGACUUACGAAUCUGCCCCAGGGAUCCAGUUGUUGCAUUGUUUAAAGUUUGGAGAAGAGGUGGAAGGCGGAGAAAGUGUGUUUGCUGAUAUCCACCAUAUUGUAGACGUCUUUAGACGCGAGCAUCCCAAAGAAUUUGAAGUUUUAUGUCGAGUUCCGGUAACAUAUGAAAUAAUGGGGUAUUAUAAAUCUAGUGGAAGAGAAAAACCAGUUCAUCAACAAAUUCACAAACCAAUGAUAGUCACCAAUCAGUAUGGCCAUGUUAUUUCGGUCGCCUAUCAUGAAAAUCUCACCGGAGCAUUACAAGCCCACGAGGAUGAUGUAGAACCAUUCUAUGAUGCUUAUAGAUUGUUAGUCCAAUCAGUUCAUGACUGGCCAUAUAAGUUUUAUCAUCGAAUGAGACCUGGUGAUAUGGUGACCUUUCAGAAUAGACGAGCUCUUCAUGGUCGAAAUAGUUUUAUAAACCGAGGAGGAGGCGAGAGACUUUUUCAGGGAGGCUAUAUGAAUAUUGAUGAAUUUAAAAGUAUGUUGAUUUAUCUACACAACACGAUUGGUGAUGGAUCUAGAUUGUGUAGAAUGGGCUUGAAUGAUAUGUGUUGAAUACAGUUAAAAGUCUAAUUACAGAUUCACACGACAUGUGUACAGUACAGUCCUUUUUACAAUCAAUUCUGUCGUAGUUAUGAUAAUUCUCAAUGUUAAAUUACACAUUCCACGACGAUUCUUAUUGUAAUAAUUUCUGAGAGACAUGGAUCCUCGAAACUUACUUACUAACUCGUGAAAAAUAGUUUUUGUAAAUAUUGUUUUCCGAUUGACAAAAAUGUACUGAUUGUUGUUUAACAGUGAUACAGUGGUAUAUGUUUAUUUACUUGACUCUUGGUUUGGGCGAUAUACGCCUUAUAUUAUUACUAAUAUUAUUUUCCUGUUUUAAAAUACAAAAAUAUGAUUAAUUGUUAGUUAAUUAUGAGAGGCAAUUCAGGUGCCUAGUUCGACAGAAGCUGAGCAAUACAAGGUACAAAAUCCUGAAUUAACAGAAAGUUGCCUCCCCAGUAUUUUUUUAAUGUACAGCUCUGAAAAAGAAUAACUGAUUUUUUAUAACCGUGGUUUGUUUUAUAUGAUAAUAUAUAAAUUUAUGUUUUUACAGCUUUGUUAAUAUUUAUGUAUUGUUACUUGGUAUAUUUAGAUAAAAAUGUAACCAAAAAUAAAAUUAAUAAUUUGAUAAAAU